CCAGCUGAGCUGUACUGUACUGUAGCGGGUCUGGUGAGGCUUCAAACACCUAAAAGAAAAGAAUGUCAAGACGCAGUAGCCGUUUACAAGCUAAGCAGCAAGCCCAGCCCAGACAAUCUGACUCCCCCCAAGAAGCCCAGAUCUUCCAGGUCAAGAAGAGAAAAACAGCACAGGAUGUCAAAAAGAGAAAAGAGGAGCAGGUCACCAAGAAACAUCAGUAUGAGAUUAGGAAUUGUUGGCCACCUGUAUUAUCUGGCGGAAUCAGUCCUUGUAUUAUCAUUGAAACACCUCAUAAAGAAAUAGAAACAAGUGACUUCUCCAGAUUCACAAACUACAGAUUUAAAAAUCUUUUUAUUAAUCCUUCACCUUUGCCAGAAUUAAGCUGGGGAUGUUCAAAGGAGGUUUGGCUAAACAUGUUACAAAAGGAGAGCCGGUAUGUUCAUGACAAACAUUUUGAAGUUUUACAUUCUGACUUGGAACCACAGAUGAGGUCAAUUCUUCUAGACUGGCUUUUAGAGGUAUGUGAAGUAUACACAGUUCAUAGGGAAACAUUUUAUCUUGCACAAGAUUUUUUUGAUAGAUUUAUGUUGACACAAAAGGAUAUUAAUAAGAAUACACUUCAACUCAUUGGAAUUACCUCAUUAUUCAUUGCUUCCAAACUUGAGGAAAUCUACGCUCCAAAACUCCAAGAGUUUGCUUAUGUCACUGAUGGUGCUUGCAGUGAAGAUGAUAUCUUAAGGAUGGAACUCACUAUUUUGAAGGCUUUAAAGUGGGAACUUUGUCCUGUAACAGUCAUCUCCUGGUUAAAUCUCUUUCUACAAAUUGAUGCUGUUAAAGAUGCUCCUAAAGUUCUUCUACCUCAGUAUUCUCAGGAAACAUUCAUUCAAAUAGCCCAGCUUUUAGAUCUGUGUAUUCUAUCCAUUGACUCAUUAGAGUUCCAGUACAGUAUAUUGGCUGCUGCUGCCUUAUGCCAUUUUACCUCCAUUGAAGUGGUUAAGAAAGCCUCAGGUUUGGAAUGGGACAGCAUCUCAGAAUGUGUAGACUGGAUGGUGCCUUUUGUCAGUGUGGUAAAAAGUACAAGUCCAGUGAAACUGAAGACUUUUAAGAAGAUACCUAUGGAAGACAGACAUAAUAUCCAAACGCAUACAAACUAUUUGGCUCUGCUGGAGGAAGCAAAUUAUGUAAACACCUUCAGAAAAGGAGGACAGUUGUCACCAGUGUGCAAUGGAGGCAUUAUGACACCACCGAAGAGCACCGAAAAACCACCAGGAAAACACUAAAGUU